AUGAAACUCUACUUCUGUUUCCCCAUCUGAGUUCAGAGUAGAUGAGAGAUGUAAUGUUUGUCUCUGUUGUGUUGAAGCCCAAUCAAGCAGGAGAGACCAGCCUCCCCUGUACCCAGCUGUGUGUCCAUGAAGAGUGACCAGUCUAUGGGUACACCUAUAAUGUUUAGAGAGGGAGACUUUUCUACUGGACAAAGAAACCAACAGGAGAGAUCAGAGUCAGAGAUUCUCAGUGGUCAGUCUUCCCAGAGUCAUCAAACAGACCUGGCCUCCAUAUUCAGUAUGCUUGAAGAGAAUAUUAUGACAUUUGUGAAGAACGAGCUGAAGAUGUUCAAGAGGAUUCUUAGUCCAGAACUCCCAGAAGGCUUUGAGAGUCAGAAGCAGGAUGAGGAAGUGGUGGAUGCUGAAGAUGAGAAGCAGGAGAGCAGUGCCAGAGAGGGGGCUCUGAAGAUCACACUGCACAUCCUGAGGAAAAUGAAUCAGAAGGAGCUUGCUGACACACUGGAGAAAAAUGAGCUUGCUGUGAUUUGCCAACGUGAACUCAAAUCUAAUCUGAAGAAGAAGUUUCAAUGUGUAUUUGAGGGGAUCGCUAAACAAGGAAACCCAACACUUCUCAAUAAGAUCUACACAGAGCUCUACAUCACAGAGGGUGGAACAGGAGAGGUCAAUAAUGAACAUGAGCUGAGACAGAUUGAGACAACAACCAGGAAACAAGUAAGACCAGAGACUGCAAUCAAAUGUAAUGACAUCUUCAAACCGUUAACUGGACAAGACAAACUUAUCAGAACUGUGCUGACAAAGGGAGUCGCUGGCAUUGGAAAAACGGUCUCUGUGCAGAAGUUCAUUCUGGACUGGGCAGAAGGAAAAGCAAAUCAGGAUGUCCAAUUUGUAUUUUCAUUCCCUUUUCGGGAGCUGAAUUUGAUGAAAGGGGAAAAACACACUUUGAUUGAACUUCUCAAUCACUUCUCAAUGGAAAACAAAGAAUCAAGAAUCUCCAACUACAACAAGUACAAAGUUCUGUUCAUCUUUGAUGGUCUGGAUGAAUGCCGACUGCCCCUAGACUUCCAAAAGAACAAGAUCUGUUGUGACGUCACAAAGUCAACCACAGUGGAUGUUCUGCUGACAAAUCUCAUCAAGGGAAAUCUGCUUCCCUCUGCUCUCCUCUGGAUAACUACCCGACCUGCAGCAGCCAAUCAGAUCCCCCCUGAGUGUGUUGACCAGGUGACAGAGGUACGAGGGUUCAGUGACCCACAGAAGGAGGAGUACUUCAGGAAGAGAUUCAGUGAUGAGGACCUGGCCAGCAGAAUCAUCUCACACAUAAAGACAUCAAGGAGCCUCCACAUCAUGUGCCACAUUCCAGUCUUCUGUUGGAUUUCUGCAAUAGUCCUUGAACCCAUGCUGAAACAUAAGAAAGAAGAGAUGCCCAAGACUCUGACUGAGAUGUACACACACCUUGUGGUGUUUCAUACCAAACAGAAGAAUGAAAAGUAUCUUGGGAAAGAAGAGACAGGUCCACACUGGAAUAAAGAGAGCAUUCUGUCACUGGGAAAACUGGCUUUUCAACAGCUUGUGAAGGGCAAUCUGAUUUUCUAUGAAGAAGACCUGAAAGAGGCUGGCAUUGAUGUCAAUGAAGCCUCAGUGUACUCAGGAUUGUGCACACAGAUCUUUAAAGAGGAAUGUGGGCUGUACCAAGACAAGGUGUACUGCUUCGUGCAUCUGAGCAUUCAGGAGUUUCUGGCUGCUGUAUAUGUGUUCCUUUCAUUCAUCAACAACAAUGAGAAUCUAAUGGCCAAACCGCAAGUUACUGAAGUUAAUGUCUACAAGAGUGCUGUGGAUAAAGCCUUACAAAGUGAGAUGGGAAACCUGGACCUUUUCCUCCGCUUCCUUCUGGGCAUCUCACUGGAGUCCAAUCAGAAGCACUUACGAGGUCUUCUGACAAAGACAAGAAGCAGCUCACAGAGUCAUGAAGAAACAGUCAAGUACAUCAAGGAGAAGAUCAGGGAGAAUCCCUCUCCAGAGAGGAGCAUCAAUCUGUUCCACUGUCUGAAUGAACUGAAUGACCAUUCUCUAGUGGAGGAGAUCCAAAGCUACCUGAGAUCAGGAAGUGUCUCCAGUGAAGAACUCUCACCUGCACAGUGGUCAGCUCUGGUCUUUGUGUUGCUGACUUCAGAAAAGGAGCUGGAAGUGUUUGACCUGAAGAAAUAUUCCAGAUCAGAGGAAGGUCUUCUGAGGCUGCUGCCAGUGGUCAAAGCCUCCAGAGCUGCUAUGCUGUCAGGCUGUGGAGUCACAGAGAAAUGCUGUGCUUCUCUGGUCUCAGCUCUGAUGUCAAACCCCUCACACCUGAGAGAGCUGGAUCUGAGUAACAAUGACCUGAAGGAUUCAGGAGUGAAGCUGCUCUCUGCUGGACUGGAGAAUCCUCACUGUAAACUGGUGACUCUGAGGCUGUCAGGCUGUCAAGUCACAGAGGAAGGCUGUGCUUCUCUGGUCUCAGCUCUCAGUUCAAACUCCUCACACCUGAGAGAGCUGGAUCUGACUAACAAUGACCUGAAGGAUUCAGGAGUGAAGCUGCUCUCUGCUGGACUGGGGAAUCCCCACUGUAAACUGGAGACUCUGAGGCUGUCAGGCUGUCAAGUCACAGAGGAAGGCUGUGCUUCUCUGGUUUCAGCUCUGAGGUCAAACCCCUCACACCUGAGAGAGCUGGACCUGAGUAACAAUGACCUGAAGGAUUCAGGAGUGAACCUCCUCUCUGCUGGACUGGGGAAUCCCCACUGUAAACUGGAGACUCUGAGACUGUCAGGCUGUCUAGUCACAGAGGAAGGCUGUGCUUCUCUGGUCUCAGCUCUGAAGUCAAACCCCUCACACCUGAGAGAACUGGACCUGAGCUACAAUCACCCAGGAGACUCAGGAGUCAGACUGCUCUCUGCUGGACUGGAGGAUCCACACUGCAGACUGGAGAAACUCAAUGUGGAACAUGGUGGAGAGUACACAAUGAAACCUGGGCUUAGAAAAUAUGCCUGUGAUCUCACACUGGACCCAAACACAGUAAACAGACACCUCUCUCUGUCUGAGGAGAACAGAAAGGUGACAUGUAGGACAAAGAAGCAGCCGUAUCUCGAUCACCCAGAGAGAUUUGAGAUCUGUAGACAGGUGCUGUGUAGAGAGGGCCUGACUGGGCGCUGUUACUGGGAGGUAGAGUGGAGUGGGGGAUGGCCUGUUAUAGGAGUAACAUAUAAAGGAAUCAGCAGGAGAGGAGAGGGUAAUGACUGUGGACUUGGAUGGAAUGACAAGUCCUGGAGUCUGUUCUGCUCUGACAACAGUUACACUGCCAGGCACAAUACUAUUCCCACUCUCAUAGACGUCCUCUCCUCCAGCUCCCACAGAGUAGGAGUGUGUCUGGACUGGCCAGCCGGCACCCUGUCCUUCUACAGAGUCUCCUCUGACACACUGACCCACCUGAACACAUUCUACACCACAUUCACUGAGGCCCUCUAUCCAGGGUUUUGGGUUUAUGAUGACUCUUCAGUGUCCCUAAUCAAACACAACACAAUAUUUUAAUAAAAAAUGAAAUAA